AUGCUCACUGUGCAUUUUCGUCUGGAUUCCACUCUACAGGAGGCUUUUGCAACCUUUCGGGAGGCGAAUGCGCCGUUUCGCGCUCUUUUGGUCACGGUGGAGGACGAGGUCAUGCGGCUUCAUGGAAAGAUGCUUGAGUCCAGCGCAAACAUGGACAAUGACCUUGCCAAGGUUAGAGAGAACAUUACGACGGAGAAGCUGGAGGCCGCUUUUAUUAUUGUAAAAAUCAGUGAGGGAGAAUUUGCUCUUGUGUCGUUCUGUUUGGAUAGUCUGAAGCCAAGGGUCAGGAUGUUGUAUGCGUCAGGUGCUGGGCAUUUGGCAGAUGUCUCCGGAUUAAACUAUAUUCUAAAGGAACACGCGAUGCGUGUGGAGGAAAUUACAUCAUCGCUUUUUGCAAAGGAAAAUUCUGCUAGUCGUACAGAACUUAUGACGGAAAAGGAAAAGCUUUACGCCGCUAUUGAAAAAAUGGAAAUUGCACCAAUGCAAAUGGCAAUGCCGGGUGUCACAAUGCCAAUCACGGAAGAAGGGGUGAAUCUACUGAAGGGGCUCAGCCGGGGUGAUUUGAAUGCACUAUCCUUUGCGGUUGACACGGACAAAAUUAUAGUGGAUAAAGUGCUUGAGGCUUCAGAGGAUUUAUUAUCGUCAUUGUCAGAGUUUGUGGAGACUGUGAAAGUUCUCCUCCCGGAAGACCACCCACGUUUCGUUCUGCUCCGUUUUCCAUCAAACGAAACUGCAAAUAUAAUAAUGGUGUACGUUUCCCCCUCAGCAUCCAAACCGCGAGAGAGGAUGGCAUAUGCCUCCUCCAAAUCCUCCUUUGUGUUGCAGGCAGAACAGCAUGGAAUUAUUUUUUUGCGACGGUCGGAGGUGGGCAGUGUGGAUGAGUUGCAGGAAGUUGUCGCGGACACAUUUGGCAUGGAGCAGAAAGAGGGAAGCGAGGAGUGA